UUCAGGUUGGAAAAUGCUGCAUCGACACCAACGUUCUCGCAGCAACAACUACGGCCGAAGCCUUACCCGGCACCUCCAACGUUAACGAGGACCAAGGUAGCCAGCACCCUGAUACAAUGGAAAUUGAAAAGGGGCUAGCAUAUUGCUCGGAAGGAGUCACCACCAUACAGAACUGGUGCGAAAACAUCUCCGAGCGGAUCCAGGAGCUCCGGGCCAUGUUAGCAUCAAGCAAGAAGAGAAAGGAAAGGAGCUCAUCACAAACACUGCGCACGCCCCCCAUUUGCCCUGGACCUCAGUGGAACAAGCCCUGAAGAAGAUAUCAUGAAGGGGAAAACAACCCAUGCAUCUGCCGGAGGGGGAUCUUCCUCCGGAACAGAAGCUACGAGCCAGAGGUUAUACCCAAAUUUGAAGUCGUACAUGAACACAACAUUCAGGCAAUGGAAGCAAAACACAGGGCUGCUCGAGAAGCGCAGCAGUACGUUGCAGAACAUUCAGCCUCUGGGGAAAGCUUGCGACGAGUUGGAAAAGUGGAUCAAUAACAUGGCCACACCGCAAGUGCUGGCCAGUUGCUGGGUAGACAUAAAGGCUAAAUUGCCAAUAAAACUAGCAGGCAUCAAGAUAAGGGAUAUGCUCCUCCGCCCUGUUGAUCUCGACUACAGUAUGGUUGCAACAAUUGUCCGGCUCCUAAGGGAACUAGAGCUUGGUUUAGCUGAUCAGCGUGGAACACGCCCAACGAGACACUUCGUGGUGCCAGAAUGGCUGGUAAGAACGUUGUAAUCACAUCAAUAAAUAAUUCAGAAUGGC